AUGAUGGAGUACAUAGAGGAUAAGUUUGCCUUGAAAAGCCAGGCGAUGAAGGCCAGCGAGUAUUAUAUGGAUCAGGUUAUGGAGAGCCUGGACAGCGCGCAGUACUUCAACAAGCCGUCCCCGAAGUGCGCGCAGGCCUUCGGGCUGCAGGGCGCCGAGCACCGCUCCUCGCCCUGCGGGGAUCAGAGCGCUGGUUACGGUGUUCCUAAACCAGAGGAGGACUCUUUGCGCUCGGAUCUCCAGAGGUCCAUCGACAGCUGCUGCUCUCUGCGCGCCUCUCCGGUGACCAGCGGCCCGGAGAAGACGGAGCUGGAGGACGUGGGGGACAAGUGCGACAGCAACGUGUCCAGCAGCAAGAAGAGGAGACACCGGACCACCUUCACCAGCGGGCAGCUGGAGGAGCUGGAGAGGGUGUUCCAGAAAACCCAUUAUCCAGAUGUUUAUGUGAGGGAGCAGCUGGCCAUGAGGACGGAGCUGACGGAGGCCAGGGUGCAGGUUUGGUUCCAGAACAGGAGGGCAAAGUGGAGGAAAAGAGAGCGAUACGGACAGAUCCAACAGGCCAAAAGUCACUUCGCUGCCACCUACGACCUGUCAGUGUUACCCCGGACGGACAGCUACACACAGAUCCCCAACAACCUGUGGCCGAGCCCUGCUCCCAGCAGCUCUGUGGUCUCCUCCUGCAUGCUGCCCCGAGGUUCCCCUCCAUGCGUCACCUCCUACUCACACUCCCCACGCGCCGCCGCCUCUGCGGCCGACCACGGCUACGUGGGCUUCCCCGGCCAGCAGAACCAGUUCAGCCACGUCUCCCUCAACAACUUCUUCAGCGCCGACUCUCUCCUCACGCCCUCUGCCAACAGCCACCCGGCCUUCGAGGCCAAGCCUGAGUUCGAGAGGCGCUCGUCCAGCAUCGCCGUGCUGCGCAUGAAGGCCAAGGAGCAUACGGCCAACAUAUCCUGGGCCAUGUGAUCAGGGGUGUGUGGAGGAGAAGGGUACUGAAUGUUUCUAGAAGAAGAUAGGUAUGUAAAUGUGGAACAUGCCUAAAGCGAUGGGUCCCCGCAUCUUCUGAGGAAAGAUUGGACAAUAGAAAACAGCUUAAAAUAAGUUGCAGUCAGGAAGGUUUGCAGAGGACAGAAGAAACUUUCUGUCUUUAAAAAAGAGUUCUACAACAAGCAGACUGGACACAACCAAAUUCAUACAUAGACAGCCUUGUUCAUCUGAGCAAAACUCCUGAUCUUUUUCACGCUUUGUUCCAUUUCAGCCUGAAACUCAAAUGCGUUUCAACAGGAUUUUAUGUGACAGAUCAACACCAAGACAUCCGUAGAUCUAAAGUGGAGAGAAAUGGAGACAUUUGGCACGCAUCUAUAUUCAGCAGUUAGA